AUGGUCGCAGCGAAAGACCAACCUCAAAGGCUCCAACUAUCCGCUCCGGGUCUUCACAACGCCCAGGGCGAACUCCUAACCCAUCCCGAGCAUACAGUUCCCCCUACCGUGCACAACAAACAACUGUCACAAGAGUCAAACGAAGAACAUCGCGUCGAACACUUUUCCCGCUUUGCAAAGCGCAACACCAACUCCAAUACUACGGAAAAAUCUCCUUCUCAAUCGCCUCUCACUUCUCAAGCUCUAGCUUCUAAUACCGACACACACUCCAAUCUCACAAGACCGGGGAAGCCAACUAACUCCUUCUCGAGGUCCAAGUUCAACGCCGCACGAAACCAUCAAAACAUGGAGCUUCACGACGCUUCCGGCACUGUUUUGCAGCAAUAUCCACUCAACUCCGACUCUGAUGUUAACAACACGCAUCGCCCGUCUCCUGAUACAGACUCUGCAAAACACGACCAUAACGGUGACCAGCAGUCCGACCAACAACAACCUCCGCCGCCGACCACCUCCAUCCCACAGGGAGUCCAAGAUCAGGUCGCCACUGCCAACCCCAGCGUCUCCGUUCAAGCCCCCAACGUCAACCUACCCUCCGUCUCCGCUCGAUCCGUCCCUCAACCUACUGGUAUGGACUCGGCCGCUGCUGUCGUUCCGGCGCCGUCUCCGAAGAAGCCAGCUCGUAUGCCGGGUACAAAGCAGUGUCCGACUUGUCACAACACAAUCGCUGCGGCUGUCGCAAAGUGUCCCAAGUGCCCGCACGUCUUUCGAGAGAAGAAGGAGAAGGUCAAGCGCUCUGGGAAACGGGGAAAGAAGAAUUGUCCGAAAUGUCAAUAUGAAAACCCAUCCGCCUGCAGUUCAUGUAAGAAUUGUAAGCACGUCUUCCGCUUGAAGCUCAUGGACAAGUAUAAGUCGAUGCGCCCUCGUCAGCAAAAUGAAAGCGCUGCUGCUGCUGCCGCCGCCGCUGCUCACGCAGCCGCAAAUAUGCAACAUACGGGCCAGGGCGGUGCCGUAACUGCCGUUUCUGCUGUGCCUCUACCUGCCGGAGUGGCAACGUACCCAAAUCAAAUUGGGCAGCAACUCCAUCCCGGACACGGUGCUGUUUCAGUCAUGCCCGCGAUGCAACAACAUCCAAUUGCCAUGCAUCAACAUGGCCACAAUGUGCAUUCAUCGGGCGUGCCGAUGCAUUCACUGCCGCAACAUUCGAUCCAUCCUCAUCAACCUCAUCCACAGUUGUAAGCCGAAACUGCGGUGUCCAUAGAAGGGAGCUGCUUGAUAUGUCCUAUUGACUAUAAAGGGAACUGAGUAAAUCCACACGCUUUAUGAUCGCUCGAACCAUACGAUCAAGGAUGCAGGUGAGAGAAGUGACCCGUUGGUAUGGGGGCACGUGCGGUUCAUGUCAGCCGAUGUACGCGUUGGUGUCGUCGAAGGAUUACCCAUAACUCUUAACAUGUACUGCAAAUUUUGUGACAGCGAAAUGAAACAAAUUGCGAGAUGGAUGCCACAGCGUAAUACGGUCACCUUGUGUCUAGAAGAAUACAAGAGGACGCAUGACGUGGGCAAUGACACAAGCCAAGACUGAUGACCAGAGUCGCUGUCCUGACAGAGAGCACGAAGAAAUGUUCAGCCAGUUCAGGAGUUCAUCUGAUCUUGGCGUGGGAUGGACCAUAUGAUGAGAGCUACGAGAAGAGACAAAAAUGGCGCACAGUAGUUGGUUGUCAAACGAGUUUGACAGACUUACACAAGUUGAAGGCGUCGUAUACUCUUAUACAAAAGGUACUACGCAGACAGUGCUAUAUAUAUGUACAUGUUCCUGGUCGAGAGAGACGAGUCGUACUGUAGUUUGAAUCAUGAGGUGCAAUAAAAUGUGUGUUUUGGAAA